CUCUUAGCUACACAGAAACACCGGCGUUACGGCCACACUGUAGUGUGUAGCACAGGCAACAGAGAUGAAGCGUGGUCGGGACCUCAGCAGCUGUGAGGACUCUGAUGAUGGAAGCAACACAGACUCUCUGUCACAGCAUUCCACAUCUCAGCUCAGGAGAAGCUCCUGGUCAAGAAUGGAAGGGAGGAAGCCCUCUGAGGUGUUCAGGACAGACUUUAUCACUGCCAUGAAGCUGCACGACUCGGUCCAACUCAGUCCAGAGGACUACUACCUUCUGGCAGACCCCUGGAGGCAAGAUUGGGAGAAGGGGGUGCAGGUCCCAGUGAGCCCAGGGUCACUCCCACAGCCUGUGGUUCGGACAGUGGUAGAAAAAGGAAAGGAAAUCAUGUUUGCCAGGCCCAAGAAGCUGAUCCGUUGCUCUGGCUCGGAGCCUCCACCAUUGGGCUACGUGGAUCUGUGCACCCUCGCAGAGGGCGUGUGUCGCUAUGACCUGAAUGAGUGGGACGAAGUCUGGCUUCAGCUGGCCAACGAGGAGUUCCGUGAGAUGGGGAUGCAGGUGCUGGACGAGUUCACUAUGGAGAGAGUGAUGGAGGAGUUUGAACACCAUUGCUAUGACAACAUGAACCAUGCCAUGGAAACAGAAGAAGGACUGGGCAUUGAGUAUGACGAGGAUGUGGUGUGUGAUGUCUGUCAUUCGCCUGAGGGGGAAGAUGGGAAUGAGAUGGUCUUUUGUGACAAGUGUAACAUCUGCGUUCAUCAGGAGAGGCCCACCUGCCAAAAUUUCCCAAGACUUCCAAAGGAGCAGCAGGCCUCCCUAACAUCAGCUAAGGCAUGCUACGGCAUACUCAAAGUGCCUGAGGGGAGCUGGCUGUGUCGGAUCUGCGCCCUGGGAGUUUUGCCGAAGUGCCUCCUCUGCCCCAAGACCGGGGGUGCCAUGAAGCCCACCCGCAGUGGCACCAAGUGGGCCCAUGUUAGCUGCGCCCUGUGGAUCCCCGAGGUGAGCAUUGGGAACCCAGAGAAAAUGGAGCCAAUCAUGAAUGUGUCCCACAUCCCCAGCAACAGGUGGGCUCUUUUCUGCUGCCUGUGCAAAGAGAAGACUGGAGCCUGCAUCCAGUGCUCCACGAAAAACUGCCGCACAGCGUUCCAUGUCACGUGCGCUCUUGACCACAACCUGAAGAUGAACACCAUCCUUACAGAGUCAGAUGAAGUCAAAUUCAAGUCCUUCUGCCCAAAGCACUCUGUUCGGGAGGGCAGACCAGUGGGAGGCCAGGUGGAAGAGGAGGAGAAGGAGAAAGGGAAGGAUGAAGACGGGGAAACGCCUAUAAAUGGAGAACUGCUAUGUACUUUUGCUCCCUGCUUGGACCCAUCUGCAGUACUUGGUGUCAACCAGCAGGAGGUACAGAUGCUCAGCCUCCGCAAGCUGAAGCUGCAGCAGCUGGAAGACGAGUUCUUCAAGUUUGUGACAGUAGAGGAAGUGGCCCACCACCUCCAGCUCCCCGAGGAGACUGUGGACUUCCUGUAUCAGUACUGGAAGCUGAAGAGAAAGGCCAACUUCAACCGGCCACUGCUUACCCCAAAGAAGGAUGAGGAGGACGACCUGGCAAAGCGAGAGCAGGAAGUCCUCCUCUGCAGACUGAAGCUCUUCACACACCUGCGGCAGGACCUGGAGAGGGUGCGAAACCUCACCUACAUGGUGACGCGUAGGGAAAAGAUAAAACGUGCAGUUUGCCAUGUUCAAGAACAGAUCUUUCACCACCAUGUUAAGCUGCUGGAGGAGGACCGUCUGUCAGGGGUCCUAUCGGUACCGUGUCUGGAGGAUACUCUGCUCCUCAGCUGGGUCUCCUCCCUGGUGUCCAGUCCCAGGCUGCUGAAGGGAGACCCUGGGCGACAGGCAGGCCAGGAUCCACAUAGGCGAGAGAGGGGGACGGGGAACUGGAAGAAGAAGCUGCACAAGCCGUCCAACAUAGUCAAUGACUCUAGGAAUCCCUCCACCUGCAGUGAGGAAGGCAGGAAAGCCCAUAAGGGUGAUGGCCUAACACCACCUGAUGUAAAGGCUGCUAGCCAUAAGGUGGAGCCAGAGUUUCCGAGGAAGUGGAGUGGCGAUCAGGACGAGGACAGGCGGAGUGGUCUGAGAGAGAAAGCGUCCCACUUCAAGGCUAAACAGAGGUUGCUUAAAUCGAGUAUGGAGGGUGUGCUGAGGCAGCCGGGGGUCCAGGUGGGCCAUGACUCGCAUAUGUCUGUGGAUUUUGUGCCCAAGUGCAACAGCUCCCUGAGGAGGCUGCGCACGGCCUCAGGCCCCAUGAAGAACUGGGGCAGCUUCAGGAUCCCGAAGAAAAGCGAGAGGCAAACAGGCUCCCCCUGCAGGCCACCAGAAGUGGGCACGCCCAAAGCCCAGCCACGGGGGCCAGAGAGCAACGUUCCAGUCAUGCGGCGCUACAGCACUGACAUCAUACGCCGGGGCCAUGCCCAUCAACUGGGGGGCCACUCUCCAAUCACACGGCGCUACAGCACCAACAUCAUAUGCCGGGGCAUCCUGGCCUCCUGAAACAACUUGAACCCCACCUGCCAAAAAUGAUUAUUGAUGUUAUGUUACUUGAAUUUAACACUUUAAAAAAUUCCAUCAAUUGGUAUGCUGAUAUUUAUUUAUUUCUGUGUUUUUUAGUUUUCUCAUCAGUUUUCAUGCUUUCACCACACAGCUCUGGAGCAUGUCAUCAUUGUUCCAGUUGAUAUGCAGUGAGAUUCCUCAUCUUCUGGGACACAUUCUGCGGUGACCCUGUUGUAGCUGUGCUGUGCUGUAGUCCUGAGUGAAGUGAGAGACCACAGUCUAUGUGAAUUGCACUGAACUAGAGCUUCUGCCUUCAUCACCACUACAUCAGGGCAGGGGAGGUGCUACAGCAGGGGUCUUGUUACAGGAACUUGCAGAAAUAGAGUUAUAGAGAAGCUGCAUGCUCCCCACACAUGCAUGCAUUGCCCCCUCUCAGAGAGUACACAUGUGCUUAUUGGUGGAAAAACAAAAAACACCUUUGUAUACACACUUUGAGAACUGAAUGUGAACACAUGUAACACUGGCUGCACAGAAUAGAAGCUGAUGGGAGAACACAAUUCUGCCUGUAGUUACCUUUCUGUUUCCAAAAAACCAUGAUAAGAGAAAGUUAAAAACAAAUCUAUCAGUGAAUCUGCUGCAAGUCUGUGCAGUCAAUAAUUAUGGCAAAUAUCUUAUUUAAACAUCUAGUCUGAAGUCCCCCUCAACAACAACGUGAACACUCUUUUUUCGGUCAUUCAUAAUUGAUAGCAUUGUGUGGUAUUCCUUGAUCAUAUGCCCUCACUUAACUUGUAAGGAUUGCAGCCCAUAAUAUUAAUUCUAAACAUUACAUAAAUGAGACGAUCUAGCAACUAAGUGAUCCUUUAAUGGAAAACAGUGCCAUGGCAUAGGUUGUCUUGACCUCUCUUUCCCCUUUGAUAAUGUUGCACUCGCUGUCUGUCUGAGCAUGAUGCACCUGCACUCCCUGUCUGUCUGAGUGUAAUGCAAAUGCACUCCCUGUUUGUCUGAACCUGAUGCAGAUAUGCUCCCUGUCUGUCUGAGCAUAGUGGAACUGCACUUGUUGUCUGUGUGAGUGUGAUGCAGAUGCACUUUUUAUUUCUUUACCAUAUGAGGACCUGGGAUUUCUCAGACUGUUAGUUUUUUUUUUUAUUCUUUCUGAUGAUUGAUAAAAAUACAAGAUCUAAUGCUAAAUGCGGAGUUUACUGUUUUCUGUUUUUUUUCCCUGCACAGAGGGUGUACACUGCUGCUUUGCUUCAAGUCUGGUCUCUGUUGAGGUGAUCCUGUUUCCUGCAUUAAACAGCUCCCUGUGUUGCCCCCCUCACUCAAAGCGCAUCUUCAGGUGAUCCUGUGUCCUGCAAUAAACAGCUCCCUGUGUUGC